UCGUCUACGCCUGCAGGAGCGGUGAUGCGGGUAACGGCUGCUCACCUCAGGGCACGCCGGGUCCUUCGCUUGUGCUCCAGCAGAGGGUGUGUUGACGUGACGGAGCAGGGCGGAGGAGGAGGAGGAGGGGGUGGAGGCGGCGGAAGAGGAUUGAGAGGAGGAGGAGGAGGGGGCGGAGGAGAGGCCGAGGUGUCGCCCCUCCUCCAGGAAGCGGCCAUGAGGAAGAUGGUGUCCAGCCUGCGGGGCGCCUCCUACCGGCCCACCCUGCCGCCGGAGAUUGCUACGGAUGCUGCCAUUUACGUCGCGGUCAUAGUGGUCUUCUACGCGGCCAUCAUCCUGCUCCUCGUGGGCACAAACCUUCACCGCCUCCGCCGCCGCCGCAGAGGCCCAAGCUCGUCCCCCGCACAGCCGCUACAGACCACCAUCACGGCGCGAGGGGCGGACAGCACCUCGCUACUCUUCCCUACCUCAACGCCCGCCUCCCCCGCUGCCGUCACCACCGCCCUGCACGACAAGGAGCGGUGGCAGGAGCAGGGAGAGGCCGUGCCCGUCUGAAGGCGCGGGUGUGGAGGAGGAGAAGGAGGGAGAUGAGGAACGAUAAGGAGAUGCUGGGUGGGAGGAAAGUGCUGGCGUGAAGACAAGGAGGAGGAAGAGGAGGAGGAAGAGGAGAACAACGAGGAGUGAAGAAGAACGAGGAGGAUAAUGGAGAAUAACGAUAAGGGUGUGAGAGAAGAGGAGGAGGAAGAUGAUAAGGAAGAGCAUUGAGGACAGAAAAGUGGAGAAUGAGGAGAGGAGGAAUAAAGAGAAGUAUGAGGAAAAAGAAGGAGGAGGAAGAAUCUGAAUGGAUGGAGAAAGUAAAAGGAGGACAAUUAGGAAGGAUAAGGACGAGGAGGAAUUGGAGGGAGAAAGGAAAAAAGUAAAGAGGAGGAGGUCGAGGAGGAGAAAGUUGAGGGGGAACAGGAAAGAGGAAAAGGAGGUGAAAGACGGCAGGAAAAGCUGGCAGGAGGAGGAGGAGGAAAACAUGAAAGUGAGGAGAGUAUUUGUUCAGUAACGAAGAAGUGUGACCGCAAAGUGUGAGGGGAUGGGAGGGAGAUGAAAGGAUGCUGCGAGAGAGAGAGAGAGAGAGAGAGAGAGAGAGAGAGAGAGAGAGAGAGAGAGAGAGAGAGAGAGAGAGAGAGAGAGAGAGAGAGAGAGAGAGAGAGAGAGAGAGAGAGAGAGAGAGAGAAUGAUAGGAUAAGGAUAAUGGCGCAAGGAUGGCAAGCGAAGGGAAAGGAAUGGAAGCGAAGGAGAAAGAUAAGAUGAAGAAGGGAAGGAAAAUAAGCUGGAAAAAUGUCAUGCAAAAGGUUUAUCAUUCUUAGAAGCUUUUGGAGAUAAGAAGAGAGUGAAGAAGGAGGACGGAAGGGAGGGGGAGAGGGGGAGUGAGAGAACGGAGGAGGGGAAAUGAGGAGGUGGAGGAGGAGGAGGAGGAGGGAUGGAGGGAUAAGAGAAGAGUAAUGGAGUGAGUGUUGUUGUCGUAAGAGGAAAAAAAUGCCUCUCAUUAUAUCUUCGUCAAACACACACACACACACACACACACACACACACACACACACGGACACGAUUGAUACACUGAGCUCGUCGAAUGAUAAGCGUAAGAUCAACUGGGCUCGUGUUAACUUAAGGAAAAGGAAAAGAGACUAAAAGGAAAGAAAGGAGUAAAAAAAACACAGACAAGACAAACAGAAGUAAAUUGAAACAGUAUUUUAAAAUCUCUUACUUUUUUUCUUCACACGAGAAUCAAAACAGUAAGGUUAUUCAGGACGGUGAGUGUGUGUGUGUGUGUGUGUGUGUGUGUGUGUGUGUGUGUGUGUGUGUGUGUGUGUGUGUGUGUGUGUGUGUGUGUGU